AUGCGCGGCGGGGACGGCGUCGCCAUCGAUGACAUCGUGAUCAAGCGCAAGGACCAGGCUCGGAUCCUGGAGCAGACCCUGCAGCUGUUGUUCUCUGCCGAGGUGCUGCUGUUUGUCGAGUAUAUGGAGGUGUUUCUACCUCUGCUGUACGCUGCGUGCAUCGGCGGCCUGUGGCACCUCCCGAACGCCAAAUACAGCGUCGUGCUCAUGAACAUGUCGUACAACAGCAUGGUGCUCGAAGUCGGCACGUCGAUGCUGUACGCCAUGUUGGAGCUCGUGUCGUUCACGUCCGUGUACUUUUUCAUCAAGAAACGCUACGGAAUCUCGGCGCUGUACCAACUCGCAUUUUUGCUGGAGACGUACGCGAUGACACUGCAGGGCAAACUGAUUGGCUGCUUUAUUACGCUCCUGAACUCGUCCACCCUGCACCAGGGGAUUGACAUCACCUUCAAAUUCGACAUGGACGCAAUACUCAAGACCCCGAAUCCAUACACAACGUAG